UAUACUGUUCAUAAUAUUCCGAAUCACUUUGAAAGCCUUUUAUCACGGAAGCGAAAGUUGACUUCCACCAUUCCCAAAGACAAAAUGAGUGAAUUCAGUACUCGUCAAGUCGGUGCUUUGAACACCUUGGAUUAUCAACUCUUUAUUGAAAAGAACGGUUCCCCUGUUUCUGCUUGGCACGAUGUCCCUUUGUAUGCCAACGCUGAGAAGACCGUUUUGAACAUGAUCGUCGAAAUUCCUCGCUGGAGCCAAGCCAAGCUUGAAAUCACCAAGGAAGCUACUUUGAACCCCAUCAAGCAAGACACCAAGAAGGGUAAGCUUCGUUACGUCCGUAAUUGCUUCCCUCACCACGGUUACAUUUGGAACUAUGGUGCCUUCCCUCAAACCUUCGAGGAUCCCAACGUUGUUCACCCCGAGACUAAGGCCAAGGGUGAUAGUGAUCCUUUGGAUGUUUGUGAAAUUGGUGAGGCCCGUGGUUACACCGGUCAAAUCAAGCAGGUCAAGGUUUUGGGUGUUAUGGCCCUCCUUGAUGAAGGUGAAACUGACUGGAAGGUUAUCGUCAUUGAUGUCAAUGAUCCUUUGGCCCCCAAGUUGAAUGACAUCGAAGAUGUCGAGCGUCACAUGCCUGGCUUGAUCCGUGCUACCAACGAGUGGUUCCGUAUCUACAAGAUCCCUGACGGUAAGCCUGAAAACUCCUUUGCCUUCAGCGGUGAAUGCAAGAACCGUAAGUAUGCUGAGGAAGUUGUCCGUGAAUGCAAUGAAUCUUGGGAACGUUUGAUCACUGGUAAAACUGAUGCUAAGUCUGAAUUCGCCUUGGUCAACACUACUGUCUCUGGCUCUGUCGCCAAUGAUGUUUCUGUUGCCAACACUAUCCCUGCUGCUAAUGAACUUGCUCCUGCUGAUGUUGACCCCUCUGUUCACAAGUGGUUCUACAUCUCUGGCUCCCCUCUUUAAGCAUAUUCAUUAGAAGCGAGUUGUAGACUGUACGUUAUAGAUACAUACCUUCCUUGAGAAUAAAGUUGUUUCUUCCGAUUAUUUUUUAGUGCUUCUUAGUAUCCACCAAUCCAUCGGGUUUCCAUCAAAACAUUUCUACUAGUAUUAAGUUGAACGUCAUAUUCGUUUGCGACAAGACGAUCCGAAAGCUUAUAAAUUUAACAAUAAAUUUAACAAACCUUCCUAUUUCUUUGUUUUUAUAAAAC